AUGGACGACGAUGACGAUGAUUUCAACGUAAAAAACUGGGCGACGUUACACGACGCCGCGUUAGAGGUACUCUCGACGCCAUCUGCGCAUAAAAAAGCCCUUUUGACUCAAGUUAUCGCGAAGAAAUGGUUCGACGGAACGAGUAUACUAAAAGCCAGAGAUAUAAGUUCCGGGGGAAAACUGGUAGCAGAUACACCGGAAAGAGACGCGCUGGUAACCAUCGUCUCGUCGAACUCGAACAAAUUAAAACUCGGUUCUGGUCGCUCGAUCGAGUCGAGACGGAAAAUUUUACACUCGCUCUCGCACAUCGAGUCGUGGGCGAUCGAUUUGAGUUGGGAUAUUAUCGCAAGAUUUGGACACGAGGUGGAAAAGGAGAGAGAGUUUUUCGACGAUUUCGUACGCGUGGCUUUAGACGAAGCGAAACACCAUUUACUGUUAACGAAGAGAUUAGAAGAAAUAGGAGGAAAAUACGGGGAUUUUCCCGCGCACGAUGGAUUAUGGCAGUCUGCGAUGGAAACGUCGGAUUCGUUGAUGCAUCGACUGGUUGUCGAACACUGCGUGCACGAAGCGCGAGGAUUAGACGUCAUGCCGAAUACGAUUAACAAGUUUCGAGAGAACGGGGAUGAGGAGAGCGCUUUAUUGCUCGAGACGAUAGUGUACCCGGAAGAAAUUGGCCACGUCAAAGCUGGUUUAAAAUGGUUCAAGUUUCUAUUAGGAGACGCGUCGGAACGCGGCGGCGAAGAGACGGUGAAAAUCUUUCGCGAGAUUGUCGAGAAGAAAUUUUACGGGGCGUUGAAACCGCCGUUUAACGACGAAGCGAGGGCGAAAGCCGGGUUCGACAGGAGGUAUUACGAAGUAGCAGUAGAUGCGGUGGUGUAG